GGUGGAGUGCGGCCGGUCGGUUUUGUGCUCCUGGUGAAUGCGUAGUUUACUGUGCAAAAUGGCGAUGGAACUGUGAUGACAUAACCACAUUUUGGCGAGUUGACAGCAUCGGACGACGUCCGGUGGGCACCAAUAAGGCAAGAAAUAUUUUCAAUUCGCCUGUCCAACGACUACUUUUGAUAUUCGUGGUCAGUCGUUGGUGUUUCGCUUGAUAUUAAAUUUUUGCGUUCAUUAACGGGCUGCAGCGUGCACUCACAGGUUCCCAUGAACGUCCAUUAUAGUAUCGAAUGCAACGGAAUGAUUUUAGUUUUAUUCACUUUUUGCGGUGAUUCGACUUGAAUGUUUCGAACUUUCUCGCCCAUCCAUCUUCAAGGAACUUGCCAUGCCAACCCAAUGCGCUGAAUUGAUAGGAUCAUUAUGCGUGUUUCGUCUGGAUGGUUUUUGUUCAAAUGUGUUGUGCUUGUAUCCAGUUUUCGCACUUUUGUCGCACGCUGUUGGCAACGCCGCUCCGGGACGGGCGCCCACGUCAGUUUCAUCCAGGCGUCGCGACGCCCGCCAUCCAAACUGGACGCUCAAUUUCCAGGUGAGAAAACGCACUGCGUGGCCAACUGGGCAUUUCCUUCCUGGCCAUUCAGGCGCGAUUCGACACGCCAAUCUGUACAAAACCCGGCCUUGAUCAAGCGUUUCCGUUCGCAAGCCCCCGACAGGCCGCCGGAACACCAUGAGACGGAGGCGGCCCGUUCCCUGAUCCCCAACCAGUCCACCGCUGGUAGGCCGAGCAGCCGCCCGUCCAGAGCGUCCAGUGGCCGCCCAUCCACCAGCGCCGUGCCAAAGUUUUGCGAACUGAUGUAUGUGUGGAGCACCAGUGCUGUUGGGUUAGACCUUAGCAAGGCGGCGCAAAAGGGGACUGCGGCCGAGAAUAGCCAGCUGUAUAACCGGGGCCAUAGUAAGCGCAAACACAUGCCAAUGUCCGAGGAAAUGUUCCACACGCCGCGCUACCUCUCCUGGAGGAAGAUGCACCUGUCGCGAGCGAAGCUGAAGGCGUCGAGCAAGACGUCGGCCCUACUUUCCGGGUUCGCCAUGGUGGCGAUGGUGGAGCUGCAGCUGAACAACGAGUCCGCCAUCCCGUCGCCCAUUCUGGUGAUUUUCGCCGUGAUCACCACACUGCUGGUGGCCGUGCACAUGCUGGCCCUGAUGAUCAGCACCUGCAUCCUGCCCAACAUCGAAACGGUGUGCAGCCUGGACUCGAUCAGCUUGGUGGACGAAUCGCCCCACGAGCGCCUCCACUGGUACAUCGAGAUCGCGUGGGCGUUUUCCACGCUGCUCGGCCUGCUGCUGUUUCUCGCCGAGAUCGCGAUCAUCUGCUGGCUGAAGUUCUACAAUGUGAACACCACGGCCGCCUGGUCAGCGACGGUCGUUUUGGUGCCGAUUCUGUUCGUGUUCCUGGCGUUCGCCAUCCAUUUCUAUCGGUCGCUGGUCGCGCACAAGUACGAGAUCAGCAUGAAGGAGCUGAAGCGGAUGAACGAUCAGAUUGGGGACGUCACCGGGAACAAGCUCUUUUCGGAUGAGCCGCCCCAUCAUGUGCAGGUGGUUUAACUGGCCCGCCAGCGGCGGGUCUCCUUCUAUCAUUGGCUGUGGUUCGCAUACUUUUUAGACCGUCUACUGUCCGUUUCUCGGGGGGUUUUGGCCGGAAAAGCGGGGUAUCUGCGCGACGRGUGCCGAUUUGCUCAUUUGGGCGCCGCCAUUCGCUUGCUGAGUCAAUUUCAGCUGAAAAUGAGUACCAUGUCGAUGGGGUGCAAAGSYGAAAGGAGUUUUCAAAAAWAGGCAACUUCCGGCGCURGCGGAAGUUUCGAUUGGGCGCGUCAGCGUGCGAUUUCGCGCAGYUKCCAAACCGGUUUGGACGGAACUGUCAAAAUUUGCCACUGUGCAGUGGAAACUUCACUUUCAACUUCCGGAAGUUUUCRUCCAACUCCCRCGUUGGAAAGAGUCGAGAAAUUGCAAUGUCGGACAGUGGGAGAAGUGWYGAUUGCGCAUUUGAGCGUUCAAGUGCGCACAACUCCCAAACCGCUCUGGCCAGAAUUGUCAAAAUUUGCCUUUGUAUGGUGSAAACUUCACUKUCAACUUCCGGAAGUUUUCGUCCAACUCCCACGUUGGAAMGAGUUUUGAAAAUUGCGAUGUCGGACAGUGRGAGAAGUGYCGAUUKUGCACUUGAGCGUUCAAUUGCGYACAACUCCUAAGCCGCUUGGGCCAGAAUUGUCAAAAUUUGCCUUUGUMUAGUGGAAGUUUCACCUCCAACAUYCGGAAGUUUUMGUCCAACUCCCRCGUCGGAGAGUUUUGAAAAUUAUCAAUGUCGGACCGCGGGACAUGCCUCGAUUGUGCACUUGAGCGUUCAAUUGCGCACAACUCCUAAGCCGCUUGGGCCAGAAUUGUCAAUAUUUGCCUUUGUAUAGAGAAAGUUUCACCUCCAACAUCCGGAAGUUUUAGUCCAACUCCCACGUCGGAGAGUUUUGAAAAUUAUCAAUGUCRGACCGCGGGAGAWRCGUCGAUUGUGCACUUGAGCGUUCAAYUGCKCACAACUCCUAAG